AUGGAUUCAUCACCUCUCCCCGCUGCCCCCACCGCUGUCGCCGCCACUAGUGUACAUUUCAACUACCCUGACUCUGUUGAGUCCUCUCCACGCUCCCGUAAUGAGAACACUUAUGAAAACCCUCUCCAAGUUGUCCCUGGCGCAAGGCUCCGCCUGAUGUGUAGCUUUGGUGGUCAUAUAAUGCCCCGUCCGCAUGACAAAUCCCUUUGCUACGUUGGUGGUGAGACUCGUAUUGUUGCGGUUGAUCGACAUUGCUCUCUCUCAGCCUUUUGCAACCGCCUCUCACGUGCCCUUCUCAAUGGCCGACCCUUCACCUUGAAGUAUCAGCUUCCAAAUGAAGACUUUGACUCUCUUGUAUCAGUUGUCACGGAUGAGGAUCUCGAGAACAUGAUUGAAGAAUAUGACCGUUUAACAGCAUCUUCAGCUUCUUCUGUAACCUCCUCUCGAAUCCGUUUAUUUCUUUUUUUUAACAAGCCUGACAGUGCAGCCUUCAUGGGUCCACUGCUAAAUGAUGCCAAGUCUGAAACAUGGUUCGUUGAUGCUCUUAAUGGUUCAGGGAUCAUUCCUAGAGGGAACUCAGAUUCUGCCACCAUGGAGACCUUGUUGAAUCUUGAAGGUGAAUUUGAGGCAAAAGGAGCACAAGAACAUAACAAGCAAGCGAAAAACAAUAAUGAAGUUCUUGAGGUGCAAUAUUUGUUGCCUGAUUCGCCAAUGGUGGAGAAAACUUCACCGUUUGGUUCAUCUUCUUCUUCACCUUCAAUGUCCAACUUGCCGCCUAUUGGGGUUCCAGUUGAUCAGGAUGGAAGGGCUAAACUACAGGACCAGAGGGUUGGCAUAGAAGAGCAGUUUGCUCAGAUAAGUUUUGCUACUAAUAUUCAUAAGCAAGAUGAUGGCUAUGGGGCUGCUGUGUCUGCUCUGCCUCUGCAUCCAGUUUCUGUUGCGACUGCUAUGAUCGCUCCUGCAGGGGGUUCUAGUGACAACUUGAAUCGGCUUUUGUCUGAUGAUGAGAGAUCUGAUCAUGGGGUGCCUGCUGGUUUUCGCAAACCUCCAUUGCCAUUGCAGCCAGUUCAUCAGAAAGCUUGCGGUACUUACAAUCUGCCUUCCCCUGAUUCAGAUGCAAGUGAUAGUAGCAUUGCCUCUGCAAAUUCUCUCCCAAAGCCCAUGUAUUAUCAAACUCAUGUUGCAUCCAGAGACAACAGAACUGCUGCUAGCCCCAAUACAAAUGCUGAUAAUUCCAUUCCAAGCUUCCAAAUCCAUAUUCAACAGGUUCAAGAAUCCUGUGCUUUGGCUCCACAAUUGGAUCAACAGCAGCAACAAUUCAUGCAAGCCAGCAUGCAUUACACCCCCCACCCUUCAGCUCCUGCUCCAGUGCCAAUGUCAUCAUACUAUCCAGUGUAUGCUCCACCAUCACAGCAGCAGCUUCAUCAUCCAGCUGAUCAGCAGUACCCUGCCGUGUAUGUAAUGCCUGUUACACAAGUCACACAACCACGACCAUACAUGUCCAUGCAAAAUCUAACACUGGUCAUUUUGGCCCAAAGCGGCCCAUUGACACCUCCAACUCCUUCAAUAGUUGCUGCCUCCACCGCUUACAAAGAGGCUGCGCCUCCCAUUUACCCUACAAAUACAGCUACCCUUGCUAAACCUGAAAUGACAGCAAGUGUUUAUAGAACAGCUGUGCCAUCAAGUCAUCAAGUGGUUCAAUUUCAGCAACCAUAUGUCGCCUUCUCUCAAAUGCAGCAUUCACCAGAAUCAGCAGUUGUUACUCAUGCUGCUACUACUAACUGUGGUUAUGAGUAUCCAAAUCCUACACAAGAUCAACUGUACUAUACUCAGUACCAAGUUCCUCCACUGCCUCUGCAGUAUCAAACCGUGAGCCAAGCCGGUGCAGUGGCUGCAUCGGCAGAUGCUUCAAAGCAGCAGCCCACAGACAGUAGCAAUCAGCAAAUCAGAAUCUCACAGCCAUUAUAA